AUGUCGCUACCUUCAGAUAAUCGUACUGCCAAGCAGGCGAUUGCGGAUGACAAGUGGGACGACUGUAUGUCCUGCAGAGUCACUGGUUCUGCUGCAUUCAUUGGCCUUGGAGUCUACAGCUACUACACCGGCAUGAACAACCUCCGCAAACAAGAGAAGGCCAUCAUGCAAGCCUCAACAAAGUAUAAAAUGGGAUCACGACGACUCGGCAUUGCCACCAUAUCGGCCAGUCUGAUUGGCUUGGGUGUCUGGCGGGCAUUUAACUGA